GCUCGAUUGCUGCGCCUGAACCAGUUUUCCCUAUCGCUGCUGAGUUCGACUGUAUCCCAUUUCCAACUCAGUUCAGAAAUGGCUUCACACUCGUUUUUAUUUCGCUCCAGAGACGAAAAAAGUUUCUUUUUCAUUUGUUCGAUUCGCAUUUAAUUGAUUUUAACUAUGUGAGAGGUGAAGAUAGUUCGAGAGAUAUGUACAGUUCUGUUUGAGUCAAAAUGAUUCUGGUUUUGCACAGAAGCCUACAUUCAGGCGAUCGAUAACCAUUGUUUUCACGUUUGUCGCAGCAUCUUUGGCUGUGUGUCGAAUAAGAAACAGGAUAAAGUGCAGUUCUUUAAUUAAAAAACAGAUUUGAAUCACAUGCUGUGCGACCCCCUGGAGCGUAUUUGGGGUGUCCGGAAGAUAAACUAGCGAACAUGUGAACAGUACACUCCGGAAAGGAUGAAAUCCGACGUCUUCCAGCUGCUUUACAAUAAGCAGCCAAUAGUGUAGUGAAAGUUAAGUGAUAGCGCAAUGUAGUAGAAAAAUGUGAUGUUUGGAGAAUCCAACGUCUUCCCUCUAGUUUUAAGGAAAAGCAGUCUUCCAUAUUGCCUAGAUAUAGUAUUAAGGUUUUAGAAUGAAGAAGCUUACACCGGCGGACAAAUUCCGCCGUAGACUGGCGGCCAUGAAGAAGGCCACCAACAAAAACAAAAAGGACACCAAGUUCUUUGAGCACGAUGUUCGCCUCAACGAAGGUGAAACAGUCGAAGAACCAACUCCGGCGGAUGCCGAGAAAGGCGAAGAGCUUCCCGGAGCCAUUCCGGAUUCUUCCACAAAUCCGGAGGAAUUACAACAGCCGCCAACGACGGAAGCGGCGUCUAGUCCAACGCCUUCCGAAUCUUCCUCGGAACCGAAGAUGAAAUCGACGGUCUGCAUUAACCCGAGACAUCCACGGAAUAACAACAACUUCAGGAAACGCAAAGCCAUGAUAAACAGCAAUAGAAAGAAGUUCCUGAAAAAGCUACGCCAAUUGCAGCAACUGCAGGCGCAUCAUCCCGCCUUGUAUCUGCCUCCGUCGUCCACAACGGGUGGCGGUGGUGCUGGUCGAUUCCAACAUUUGUCGGCAGCGCUUCAUCAUGGUCCAAUCGGGAAGCAGUGCUGCUGUCAGUGCGCAUGCCCCACAAACAUCAACUUCCAUCACCACCUUCAACGGCAGCAGCAAAGUCUUCCACAGCAACAACAGUGCCAGCCGUCGGACAAGAGAGAACCUUAUUCGGAAUCGUCUUCGGAAGCGACUCCCCCUGGUUUGACACUUCCACCGAUACCGGGGAGCGAUCUGUCGAUUCCACCGCAGCUCAUUGGAUACAAACAAUAUCAGCAGCCCCACCCCAGCCACCACCACCCGCAUCACAAUCAAUACUACCGUCAUCGUCCUCGUCUACCACCGCCGCAAUAUCCUCAAGGGCAUCAUCACCAUUAUCAUCAACAGCAGCAGCCGCAUUCUCAGUAUCACCUUCAGAGGCGGCCUCCAUUUACGGCACCUGAACAAGUGGAUGCUGCUCCUCAUCUUCCUCCGGUGCCCUACUGUACGAAAGAGAUGCACAGUGUCGUGAGUGUCCGCGAGACCCACCACAUCGCCCAGGCCCAGCAGGAGAAGAACGCCAAACUGCGCGAGGCGUUCGGCAUUUCGGAGUACUUUGUCGAGGGCACCAGCUUCGAUCAGGACCGCAAGGCCAAGGAGGACCUGGCCAAGUCGGAGGCCGCACAGAAGGAUCUGGCCGAGCGGGAACGGGCCCGCGAAGCGGACAAAGCCAACCGGAAGCGCUACGCCCUGGUGAGGACCCCUUCUCCCGAAAAGCAGCAACAGUCGUCGGAAUCGAACGGCAAGGCGGGCCGCGGGAAGCAUCAUCGUGGCGACGAUAGGAACGGUGGCAACGGCGACGACGACGACGAUGACGAUGAUGACGAUGACGGUGGGCGCAAGGAUGACAAGAAGAAACGCAAGAAGAAGAACCGCGAUGCGUCCUCCAGUCCAGAGCGCAAGAAGGACAAGAAGAAGAAAUCCAAGAAAAACAAGAAAGACAGAUCGUCCAAGAAGAAACACUCCAAACGGUCCCAUCAUCACCACCAUCGGGAUGGAAGCGAAGCGCCGGGCUCGGAUUCGGCGGACUCCGAGGACGAUUCGGCUGGUUCGAACAGUUCCGACUCGGCGGCAGCUGCGGACCGGGAUCACAAACGGCGCCACAAGCGGGAUUCCCGCAAAGACAAGAAAAAGAAAAGCUCCAAGAAAAAGCGAGCCAAGUCACGUUCCAACUCUCGUGAUAGCUCUUCAUCUAAACGCGUGGAGCGUAACCAUCAUCAGACUCACGAUGAUAAACGCAACAACAAGAAGGACAAAAAUCGAUACGAGGACUCCAGCGUGAGCCGUGAUCGGUACGAUCGUAGAGGAGACGAUCGCUACGGAUAUAACCAGCAGCAACAACAACAACAACAGCAGUACCAGCGUGACCGUGAAGAACGCGGUGGUCAUCGAGUUGAUCGCUACGGCAAAGGCGAAGAGCGAGAGCGAAGAAGCCGAUCGCGGAACCGUCGCCGAAACAGAUCCGAGGAAAGGGACAAGUCCCGAUCGAAGUCGGACAGAUCGGAGUCUAGGGGCCGGAAUAGGUCGAGAUCAGGCUCGGAUGAUCGCAACAAACGUAACAAGGGCCAUGAUAAACGCGACAGAAGUGUGGAGAAAAAUAAGGAGAAGAAGAGAGAGAAAUCUCCGAAGAAGGGGGACGGGGAGAAAAGAUCGCAGAAAAACAGAUCUCGAUCAAGAUCCAACAGCAGAAAGAGAGAUCAGCUGAAGUCGAAGGAUAAGCGACGUGAUCGUAGCCGAUCCAGCAGUGUGAAGAAGUCGGACAACAAAGCCAAGGAGAAACGCCGUGAUCGCUCUCGAUCAGUCAGCAAGAAACGGGAUGAAUCGAAAGCAAAGGAGAAACGUAGGGACAGAUCGAGAUCUCCCAGCAAAUCGAAGGAGUCUUCCAAAGACAAACGCCGAGAGAAAUCAAAAGAUCGCAAAGAGCGUAAGAAGUCGCAGACUCCAGAGCGUAGAAGACGUGACCGAAGCGGCAGCCCAAAAAGAAAGGCAAGCAAAUCACCAGUAAAGUCGAAGAAGAGGCACGAAUCGCCGGUAGCGAAGGCACCCCGUCAGAAAUCGCGCUCCCCGUCGCCGAAACGUGACCGGAGAGAUCAUUCGUCUCCGGUUGCGAAGCCUUCUCGCAGAAAGACUCGAUCACCGUCUCCACAACGCGAUCGAAGAGAUCGUUCAUCUCCGGUUGCGAAGACUUCUCGCAGGAAGACUCGAUCACCGUCUCCACAACGCGAUCGAAGAGAUCGUUCAUCUCCCGUUAUGAAAUCGUCACGCAAAAAGUCUCGAUCGCCACCCCCAAAACGAGACAAACGAGAGCGCUCAAAGUCUCCUCCCGUCAGCAAGAAGCAACGUUCCAGAUCACCUGUCAGUUCACGAAAGGAUCGAUCCCCUGUGGAUAAGCGUAAAGAUCGGUCUGACUCUCCAAAGGAGAAACGUAAACAGCGUUCGCCUUCUCCUGUGAAAACAAGCAAGGCAGAUCGCUCGAGAACACCCGUAAAACCAUAUCGUGCGCUUUCUCCGUCACUCGAUCAACAGAAUAGACCGUCGACCAGUGCAGCGCUGAAUACUCGGAAGGAACGAGGAAGAUCUCCAGUCGAUAAGCGCAAGAAGCGAUCGCCAUCUGCGCAGAAAGUUGCUAAAGAGCGAUCGAGAACGCCUGUCGCCAUCCAGCCAUCAAAGAAUCAUAGACCAAAAUCACCAGAAGUGAAGAAAUCUUCAAAGCGGUCAAGCCCAGACAAGCCACUCCGUGGCGAAAGAUCACCGGAACGAGAAUCCAACACCCCAGUGGAACAGAAUAAAGUUGAUCGUAAACGCUCCGAUUCCGCUUCCGACGAUUCUUCGGAUUCUUCCGAUCUGAGCUACUCGCCCGCGCAACGUGAUCCCGAAAGAUAUCGUGACAUCCUGGAGGGAAGAACUGUUGAGACAAAACCACCAUCACCGCCCAAAGAACGCCAACGAUCAAGUUCAUCGUCGUCCGAAGAAAGUUCUUCUCCCAAAACUGCAAAGGAUUUCCUGAAGAAAACGUCCAGAUUUCGUCGCGAUCGCACUCCCCUUCCACCACCAGCUCCGGAACCUGUGGUCGAGUCGCAAUCGCAGACACCCCCGAAGAAACGUCGAUUUGAGACUCCACCUCCACCGGAGAAACCUGAAGCUCGAUCACCGACUGACAAGAAACGAAAGGAUCGCUCUCCAUCACCCGAAACAUCCACGAAGAUUGAGGCCGCUUCAAACGAUCGCGAUCGCGAUCGUACUCGAUCUCCAGAAGCUCCUCCACCUACAGUUCCGGAAAAAGUCAAGCAACCUAAGAAAUCUAAAAAGAAGCCUCCGAUUCAGCAGCCGGUGGUGAAGCUGCAGUCUCCUGCUUCUUCAUCUAAUGAAUCGGAUGGUGAGUCGCAGGAUCCCGAGGGCAAAUCCAACCAGAAAGAUCAGUCCUCCGAUCAUCUGGAUGCUUUUCUCCCGACAUUUGUCGAUAACCGCGAAGAAAAGGAUCUUUCAUUGCUGAAGGCAUUGAAGCAUGACCUGGCGGCGAAGGCCAAGCAGUGUUUGGAAAAGAAGAAGUCCGUUUCGGAGCAGCAGAGUGAUCCUACGGAAGUAGGACCUCCUCGGGUUGGCGAAAGCCGUGAACGCAACAUCCAGAUCCAGCAGGCUAAAAUGGCAUCUCUGGCCGCUGCUAGUACCACCUCCGUUCUGGGUAGUGGCAAGGGCAUUGAGUUUACCACGGAGACCACGGUACCGGAGGAACCGAGCAAGAAGAAGGAAGUGAUUCCGGCACCUUCCGCAAGUGGAAUCAACAGCAACCAGAUGAAGAAGGAUAUCCACGAUAUUCUGACGACGGUGGGAGCUUGCCGGAUGGAUGACAGCAAAGGGGCCGGAGGGCACUCGGUUGCCGUGAGCUUGGCCAAGAGCACAAUCCUGAGCGCGGUGGACAACAUCCUGAAGGAGAAGAUCGCCGGAACGGCGGCAGAGGGUGCGGUGAGUGCCGGCAAGUCAGGCAGUGCGUCCAGAUCACGGUCCAGGUCGCGGUCGCGAUCGCAUAGAUCGCGCAGCUACAGCAGUUCCAGCUCGAGCUCCCGCAGUUCCCGUAGCCAUUCGUCGCGUUCCCGAUCGAGGUCCAGUAGCCGGUCGCGAUCGCGAUCGCACAGCACCAGUUCCCGCUCCCGAUCGAGAACUCCGCCACCGCGUCGCUCCAAGUCACGGUCGCCAUCUAUCCCGCGCCGUGCCGGAUCGCCAAGUUUCCUCGAUCGACGCCGGAUCACCAGUGCUCGGAAGCGUCCCAUUCCAUACCGUCGUCCAACUCCAUCUUCGAUGUCCAGCGGAAGCAGCUACAACAGUCGUAGUCGCUCCCGGUCCAGAAGCCGUAGCAAAAGCAUGUAAAUCUAUCUCUCUAUUCACACGUUCUAAUCCACAUCACCCUACACACACAACACAACGGAAAGUAAUAACAACUAACCAAUGCGGUGGUGGUGGAUUAAAGCUGAUAUUAAAACCUAGAGAACGCAUCAUCAUCAUAAAGUCUACAUAACCUGAGAAUAUAUCCAAUUAAGAAGAGCAAGCACAGAUACCAAAACCGAAAUCAAAAACAAUCAAAUGAAAGCAAGAUAAAAACAAAAAACAAACAACAUUGUUAAAGUGCUGGUAUUCUAUCAGAUAAUAUAACUAAACCAAACUAUCAUGAAUCUCAAAACAUCAGAGUGAUCUAUGUAACUGUCUGAUUCUUUGUUGAAUUUUCUCUAACGUUUCUCUCAUGAUUUGAAAAAAAUAAUACUCAAUGAAAAACAUAGUAACCAAUCUAGUCAUUCAGUAACUAAUUUCAUCUAGAACUUGUAGGCAUCUUAAUUCAAUUUUUUCUUGGUGCAAUUUCGAACGAGCUAAGUCAGACUAGACUACAUAUUCGCUUCUUAGUUUCAUUGCAUAGAAAUAUGUAUUUUUAAUUUAUUUUGUUGUUUAUUUAUUAGUUUGGUUUGGCUCUCUCAAACGAGUGAAAAGGUACUUCUUAACCAUUUUAUCAACAAAGCAAGUAUUCCAUGGUCAAUACAAUGUGAUUAACAAAGUACUAAGAA